AUGAACCGCGGCGAGAGAUGCACCCUGAGUGCAAGCGAGGGCAUUGUCAAUGGCACCUGCUUUCAAGGCACUGUGCCUGACUAUUACGUCGAUGCCCGCGAGGUCCAGGACAUCCAGCGAAGCCUGGAGUUUGCCCAGCAGUACAAGCUUCCCGUUACUAUCAAGAAUACGGGCCACGACUACAAGGGCAGAAGCACGGGAGUGAAUACGUUUGCCAUUUGGACGCACAACAUUGCACCUGAGCCGGAGAUUGACGAAAACUUCACUCCUGAGUCGUGUCCUGAUCCAGUCGGCCCUGCCGUGACGUAUGGCGCCGGCCAGAUCGACACACACUUGUACGACAGUUUGAAUGGGACGGGAUAUCUGGCUGUCGCUGGCUCGUGUCCGACUGUCGGACCUUCAGGGGGUUGGGUUGCUGGCGGUGGCCACGGCAUUUUCGCGCCAGUCUAUGGCCUGGGCGUGGAUAAUGCCAUUCAGAUGAAGGUCGUCCUGCCCAACGGAACGUUUGUCACGGCAAACCGGUGCCAGAACCAGGACCUCUUCUUUGCUCUGCGUGGCGGUGGCGGAGGCACCUUUGGAGUCGUUACGGAAACGACUGCAGCGCUCCACAAGGACCAGGAGAUCACUUACGUUUUUCUGCAAAUGCCCGUUCCAGAGCUUCCUCGCACAAUCAACGAAAUCUUCGUCGCCAACGCCGAGAAAUGGGCCGACGAGGGCUGGGGAGGCCUCUACGCAGUAUCAGGAAACGUAACCAACAGCACGGCGCGAUUCCUCGGCUUCAACACCAAGCUCAGCGUCGAAGAAGCGCGCGCCUCACUGAAGCCGGUGACGGACUACCUGGCGUCCUUCCCGUCGAGCAACGACACGCUGGUCAGCCAGUUCAAGACGCUGCCGAGCCAGUGGGCUGCGCAAAACGACCCCGUGCUGCUCGGCUUCCUCUUGCCCGAGGCCGGCGUCUCCCUGACCCGGUCGUCGCGCCUGGUGCCGCGGUCGAACUUCCAGGGCGAGGAGGCUCAGAAGCAACUGGUCGACUUUCUCACGUCGAGCAACUUUCGGUGGAGCGUCGUGCUUGGGGCGCCGACCAAGUUUGACUUGCCCGAGUCGGACCAGCCUGGGGGUCCAGGCGAGGCAUCGGUUACGCCAGCAUGGAGAGACGCUCUUUGGCACUUUACAAUUGUGCAGACUUGGGAUCCGGCAGAUCCAGUUGCCACGAGCCCCGAAGCGCUCACCAACACCUUCUCGACCAUCAGCACGCAGAUGGACCCCCUGCGCGCCAUCACACCGGAUGGAGGCGCGUAUCAGAACGAGGCCGAUGUCUAUGAGCCCGAUCCUAUCGGCUCCUUCUGGGGUGAGAAGAACUACGCCCGUCUUUUGGAGAUUAAGAAACAGCUUGACCCGGAGAACCUGCUGUCGUGCUGGAACUGUGUCGGGUGGAAUCCGGAGGAUGAGCGACAUGGUUGCUAUCUGAACGUGAGGGGCAUAGGACCGUGA